UCCAUUCCCUUGAAGGAACAGCACAGCAGUUUCAUGCAUUGUCCUUAUCCUUUCCCUGCUCUUAACUUCUGCACCAGUUGUUGGCCAAAAAUAAACACCAUUCCACAACCAUAUAUGUGCAACAGCCUUCUAGUGAUUCUGAGCGCCUCUCCAGCACUGCCGUUAUUCCACAAGGCCAGGAGACUGUCUGCUUCCUAAUACUCUGUGAAGGGCUAUGCAUAUAACCCAGCUGAAUCGGGAAUGCCUUUUACAUCUAUUUUCUUUUCUGGACAAAAACAGCAGGAAAAAUUUAGCAAAAACAUGUCACAAAUUGCUAGAAGUGUUUCAAGAUCCUAUACUUUGGUCUUUAUUGAAUUUUAAUUCUCCAGCGGAACUAAAGAAGCACAACUUUCUCCUGGGACCUGCCUUAAAAUACUUAUCCAUCUGCUGGCAUUCAGAGAGAGUCAAAGUGUGUAACAUUGAAGACUGGAUGAAAAACAAUUUCCAGAAAGACUUCUGUAACAGGCAUGAAAACAUUGUCACUGAUUUUUUGCUAGAAGUUGGCAACAGAUGUCCAAACCUGCUAUCUCUGACCCUCUCUGGAUGUGGCCAUGUUACGGAUGAUUGCCUCUUGCUUCUUCUCAGGAACUGCCCAAGCCUCAAGACACUCAAACUGGAAAACUGCGUGCGGAUCACUGACCAAACACUGGAAGCAGUGACCCUCUAUGGGAGAUCACUGCAAACACUCCAUGUGGAUUUCUGCCGGAACAUAACACAAACUGGUCUAGAGAAAGUCAGGGAAAAGUGUCCUUCAGUAAUGCUGAGAGCAGAGAGAAGUGCUAACAUGAUUCCAGACAGUAAACCAGAAAAAAAGUUCACACUUGAAAAAUCAUCAAGAAAACUGGUUCAGCUUUAAGUGCAACAAACUGUAAAAACUCAGUCAAUGUGGAUAGUUUAUUUCUACUUACCUCUGGGGUAGCAUUGCUUCAAUUAACUGUGGCUACUUUAAUGCAUUCUGGUUUAAGUCCAAACAAGUGUUUGGUAUGUUUUGUAAAGGCUGCAUUGGGAAAAGGUGUGAAUUUUCACCAGGACCGUCUUAAGAAAAAACACCCUUUGUUUUCUGUUUUUCCUCAAACUGGAAAAAUCAUGUGCUUCUGUCAUAUAAUGCAGUACUUAAGUCUAAAAACUUUGGUUCUGUUACCUUCCUGUAACAGGGAAAGGCAUAAAGCUGCAGCAAAUACUGUAUGAUUUACACAAAUUUCAGGGAAAGAGUGAUUAAUCAAUUUCUGUUAAAGGCUUUAUAACACAUAUGACACAUUCUACCAGUGAAGAGUGAUAACCGUGACAUCUAAGGUCCCUUCUAGCAAGCAGAUCAGCAUACCUGAUAACUGUUACUUCCUCAGUGAUAAAUAUUUGUGGCUGAUUUGUCAGGUGUAUUUAUUAACAGAGGGUAUGCAUGGCAAUGUGUGGAAACCAGUUUGACCCUGUGCACAAUAUACUUGGACAAAAUAACCAAGC